AUGUCUCUCAAACCCGCAGCAUCCUUAUACCGCCGUUCCUUGAAACUAGCCCUCGACUGGGCUGUGCAUAGACACAUCUGGCGCGGCCAGGCCGUGUACAUCAGAUCACUGUUCGACGCCAACAAGGACGUCCGGGACCCCCGUCAGCAAAAGCUACUACUCAGAGAGACAGAGAAAUUACUCGAGACAUGGAAGCAUCCUGAUCCUUACAGAGCGCCCACGGCGCCAGGAGGUUCCAAAUACGAGCGAAACCUUCCUCCUCGCGACCUUCCUUACGCCGAUGCACCUGGUCCGCAUUAG